UGGGCUUCCGGCGCACGCUGAUCUGCCGCCGCUGACGGGCCGGGGUUCGCGGAGCCGCUGCAGUCUGCCUCGCCUGUGCGCCUGGUUCAGCCGCCGCCAUGGGGAUCCUGGAGAAGAUCUCCGAGAUCGAGAAGGAGAUCGCCCGCACGCAGAAGAACAAGGCCACCGAGUAUCACCUGGGCCUGCUGAAAGCAAAACUCGCCAAGUAUCGGGCCCAGCUCCUGGAACCCUCCAAAUCGUCCUCAUCCAAAGGCGAGGGCUUCGAUGUCAUGAAGUCGGGCGACGCCCGCGUGGCACUGAUUGGCUUCCCCUCUGUGGGUGGGGCAGGACCCCCGCUGCAACGACCUGCUUUCUCCCAGUCUACCUUCCUGAGCCUGAUGACCUCCACGGCCAGUGAGGCUGCGUCCUAUGAGUUCACAACCCUGACCUGCAUCCCUGGGGUCAUUGAAUACAAAGGCGCCAACAUCCAGCUCCUGGACCUCCCUGGAAUCAUCGAAGGCGCAGCACAAGGGAAGGGCCGUGGCCGGCAGGUGAUCGCCGUGGCACGCACAGCCGACGUCGUCAUCAUGAUGCUGGACGCCACCAAGGGAGAGGUGCAGAGGUCCCUGCUGGAGAAGGAGCUGGGGUCGGUCGGCAUCCGCCUCAACAAGCACAAGCCCAACAUCUACUUCAAGCCCAAGAAAGGAGGCGGCAUCUCCUUCAACUCGACGGUCACGCUGACGCAGUGCUCAGAGAAGCUGGUGCAGCUGAUCUUGCACGAGUAUAAGAUCUUCAACGCGGAGGUGCUCUUCCGAGAAGACUGCUCCCCGGACGAGUUCAUAGACGUGAUCAUGGGCAACCGCGUGUACAUGCCCUGCUUGUAUGUUUAUAACAAAAUCGACCAGAUCUCAAUGGAGGAAGUGGACCGCCUGGCCCGGAAACCUGACAGCGUGGUCAUUAGCUGCGGCAUGAAGCUGAACCUGGACUACCUGCUGGAGAUGCUCUGGGAGUACCUGGCCCUGACCUGCAUCUACACCAAGAAGAGAGGCCAGAGGCCGGACUUCACGGACGCCAUCAUCCUCCGGAAAGGGGCCUCUGUGGAGCACGUGUGCCACCGCAUCCACCGGUCACUCGCAAGCCAGUUCAAGUACGCGCUGGUGUGGGGCACCAGCACCAAGUACAGCCCGCAGCGGGUGGGCCUGACCCACACCAUGGAGCACGAGGACGUCAUCCAGAUCGUGAAGAAGUAGUGGCCCCGCCCCCGCCCCCCGUGGGACUCACCGGAGCCUAAACUGGGAAAAUACAAAUGCACCCCACGAAGGGGCCUCUCACGUCUCUGCUGUUUGCAGAAAUUUCUUCAAUGGGCAGAUGGUGGAGAGCAUGCUGGGGCCUUGGGAUGAGGUUGGGGAUGGGCUGGGCUGGCGGCGUUUCCCGUGAGACUGGACUCUGGAAGGGGUCCUAUUUGGGUCCCUGGGCCUGCGCCGUCUCCCCCCGCCCCACCCCACCCCACCCCCAGCCCCGUCCAGUGCAGAGUGAGCGAGUUGCCCACCUGCCCCCCGCUAGGGCCUAGUGCAGACGGCUGGCCUGGUGUCGGGUGGGGGGCUGGGCCUACUUGGGUCCCUGGCGGCCCCUCAGCUCCUGCCCGCUUCUCUGGUUCUCAGGGAGGGCGCUGCCCAGGACAAAACCCCCUAUCCGCCCCCCGUCCCCGGGCACCCCCUGCCCAGCACAGAGCCCAGGACCCAGCCCGGUGCAGACACCUGGGCUGGGGGAUUUGGAGUCUGGGCUCUGCGUUUUCUCUAAAUACCACCCCGCCCUGCACCCCCAAUCUCUCGGCUCUCCUUCCUGAAAUAAAAAGUGGAAACAAUGCCUGUUCACUAAG